AUGAUUUCGUAUAUUGUUGUAUUGGCUAUGAUUUUAACCAUAGGCCAUAUUGAAAUUGUCAAUGGAUUAAAUUGUACUGCCAACGAAAAACAAGUUCAAUGUGCUCCACAACUUUCUUGUCAGCCAUCUUGCAAGGAACUGAAAGGAACAAUAUGUCCACGUAUGUGUGCUAUACCAGCAUGUGUAUGUAUUGAUGGUUUUGUACGUGAUAGCAAUUUGAACUGUGUUAAUAAGACAGAAUGUCAUACACGAACAGCCCGAGCUGCUGAAUCAGUAUGUGGUAAUAAUGAAGAACAACAUCCUUGUGUACCGGCUAUAUCAUGUCAGCAAUCGUGUGAUAAACCACAAGGAACAGAUUGUAUAAAAAUGUGUAGCAAACUUCCUUAAAAUAUUGUUAAACCAAAAUUAGGUAUACAUCCAUGUCAUGGAUGCCAAUUUUCAUUUUGUUUAAUACAUUUAACAAAACAUCGACAAGAACUUUUACAAAAACUUGAUUCAAUUAUAAUGCAAAGAGAUGAAAUAUUUGCAACUAUAUUUAAUAAUUUAAAUAUCAGUAAUGAUAAUAUUAAAAAAUCAUUGAAAGAUAUUGAUGAAUGGGAAACAAAGAUGCAUGAAGAAGUACAUGAAAUUGCUGAACAAAAUCGUGAUAGAAUUCGAUUAGAAUAUAGCAAACAAUUCAAUGAACUAAAAGAUCGAUAUGCUCUAUUUACUAAAGAAUUAAUAGAUAAACGUGAUAAUGAUGAUUUUUUUGAAUAUGAUAUUGAACAAUUAUCUAUUAAAUUAGAACAAUUUAAACAAGAAGUAUAUGAAAUUAAUAUUAAUCUUCAAUUAAAUCAUUUAGAUUGGUCUCGAUUAAUUCAUAUUAAUGCACAAGAAGAAUCGCCGAUAUCCUCCUAUUUAAAUAAUUCAAAAUUAUUAUUUGAACGACAAGUAAUUUCAUUACAUGAUCGAAAUUGUUUUUUUCUUGCUGCAUCUAAUACAUAUAUCUUAGCUUAUAUAUUAAGUAUUAAUCGAAAUGAAAAUCGUCUUGUACUUUAUAGUACAUUAAAUGGAAAUGAACUUUGUUCAACUGAACUUGAUAUUCGACUUGGUAAUGUUUGUGAUAUGAUUUAUGUUGAUAAACUCAAUCAUUGUUUUCUUGUUGUAUGUAGACAAGCAAUUCUUAUCUAUGAACCUGAACAAAUGAUUUUAACAAAUCUAUCUGAUAUAAAACCAAUUGAUGAACAUCCAUUUUGGUCAAUUGCUAUAUCAUAUAAUACAAAUGAUGCUUUUAUUAGUUUAGAUAGUAAUGGUUAUAUUGAACGAUGGUCAAUAGAAACUCAUCCGAAUUGGGUAUUAAUUAAACGUUGGAAUAUAAAUGAAAUUUUACGAAAUAUUGAUCAAGGUAUUCGAAUGAUUCGAAUAUGUGAAAAGACAGAUCAAUUAGCAAUUGUUAUACUUCAACAAAAUCGAUAUUGGCGUAUUGAUUUAUAUGAUUUUAAUUUACAAUUAAUUCAUUAUGGUCGAGAAUUAAUACUUUCAAAUGAUAUUGAUAAAUUUAGUUUUGGUUGUCGUCUUAUAAUUUUACCAGAUAAUGAAACAUGGUUAUUAACCGAACGAACAACUCAUUCAUUAUGGUAUGCCAAUGAUUCAAUAAUAAAACAAAUUGAUAAACAUGUUCAUAGUGCAUGUUUAAUCAUUAAUAAUAAUAAUCAACAACGAAAAAUUGUUGGAAACAAAACUUCACAAUGGUCACCACGUUAUUCCGAAAUUCUUGGUUCAUUUGGUGAACCGCCAACAUAUGUUGUACAUUUUUGUGAUUCACAUUUAACAUUCUUACAAAGUUUUCAAGUAUGUUCAUUAUUUGGUCGAAUUCGUAUUCAUGGAUAUAAUCUUCGUCCAUUAAUAUAUUAUUCAGUUUAUAAUUAUCGUACAAAUAGUCCACUUUCAAUUGAAUUUAUUUCACAAAUAAAAUAUCCAUCUCAACAAGAUAUAAAUUUGUUCAUUCCCGAUAUGCAAAUAUCGGAAAAUAUUAUCUUUAAAGUUAAUGAGAAAGGUGGCGAUGUGUUAUUAAUACGAAAAGAACCAAAAAAUGAUUCAUUAUUUAUAAAAAUUAUUCGUGAACAUCGAAUGUAUAGUAAUUGGUUUCUAGAAAAAUAUUUAUGUUUUCAAGGAGGUAGAUGGGCACACUUAGAUCAUGAUCUUCAUAUUCGUUUAAUUGAAACAACAUAUGAAACAACUGUUAAUCCUAGUGAAGAAUUCAUUACAAAAACUAAUCAUGUUAUUAGACGAUGGAUAAAUGAAACAACAGAAGAUCUUCCAUUUGUUGUUUUAAUUUGUGGUGAAAAAGAUUUAGGCAAAUCAACAUUUACCCGUUACCUUAUUAAUCGUGCUCUUAAUCAUGUUAAUCCAGUUUAUAAUGUAUCCUAUUUCGAUUGUGAUAUUGGUCAAUGUGAAUUUACUAUAGGUGGAUGUGUAUCAUAUAGUAAUCUUAAUUCACCAUUAUUCGGUCCACCUUGUUCUCAUAUACAAUCAAAUACAAAACCGAAUCGUCUUCUUUACUAUGGUCUUGUUUCACCACAAACAUCACCUGUUUAUUAUUUACAAUGUAUUGAUAAAUUAAGACAAUUAUGGAAUAUUGAUCAUAAGAAAAAUCCUAAUCGAUCGAUGGUCGUCAUCAAUACAAUGGGCUGGGGAACUGGUCUUGGCCUUGAAUUACUCAAAGAGAUAUUAUGUAUGUGUUGCCCAAAUGUUGUUAUUCAAUUAUCAGAUAAUAUGACUCCAUCUCAAGAUCCAAAUCGAAUGCCUGAUAUGACACUUGAAUGGUUAUUCAAUCAGCGAGUUUUUGAACCUUAUCGACGUGCAUUACAAAUGAAUAAUAAACGUCACCAUGAUUAUGAUGGACAAUUAAAUUAUGAAUAUAUCAAAUUACAAUCAACAACUGCACAUGCAGCUCAUAGUCAUAAACAAAAAUUACGUCCACGUGAUCAUCGUCUUCUUGCGACAUGGUCUUAUUUUUUCUCAUCAAAACUUUCACGUAUUUAUCUUCCAUGGUCGCAAUAUAUUCACCUAUCUUUACUUGAUAAAAAAGAUCCUAAUACAUUACCUGAUAGUCUCGAAAAAUCGAUUAUAGCAUUUUGUUCAACUGAAAAUAUUGAAGAAUUACAACAAUUAGCAAUCUCAAUCAAUGGAAUACAUCACAUACCAAAUCAUCAUAAUCAAAUUUUUGAAUGUUUAGGUUUUGGUUGGAUUGAACGUUGUAAUAAUGAAACACAAAUCCUUGAAAUUUAUACUCCAAUUGAUAAUUUAUCAACUACGAAUAUUCUUGUUUCGGGUGCAUUUGAUAUACCGGAUGAAUUUCAAUAUAUGUUUAAACAAGUUUAG